AUGCGGGAGGAGAAGGGCGUACGGCAUCUCGAGGAGGCCAUCCUGCGUCGCGGCGGUGGGGCGCACACGCGGAGCGGCCGGAGCGAGCGCGGAGACGACGACGACGACGGUGGUGCCGCGUUCCCGGCUGCCGCGCUUUCCCCUCCCCCGCCCCUUCCCCUCCUGCCGCCGCCGCCCCCCACCUCAGCCCGCUUUCCUCCCAGGACGUCGGGAGCCGCUUCGGGAAGCGCAGAGGCUUGUGGGGGGGCGGGCAGAGACAAAAUGGAGGCGAACGGCAGCAGCGGCAGCAGCAGCGACUCGGCGCCCGACUGCUGGGACCAGGCGGAUAUCGAGCCCGGCGCUGGCCCGGCCGGCUCCUCCGCCCCCGGCGCUGCCGCCGCCGACGUGCCCAGCCCGGCCCAGCUCGACGCCGCCUCGGCGGAGCAGCAGGAGGAGCUGCUGGGCGCGGCCUUCAGCCGGCACCUCAACGUCAACGCCAAGCCCUUCGUGCCCAAUGUCCACGCCGCCGAGUUCGUGCCGGCCUUCCUGAGGGGAGGCCCAGGCCCGGCCUCCUCGUCGUCGCCUUCCUCCUCCUCCUCCACGUCCUCCGCGCCCGCGCAGGGACUCCCGCCGCCGCCUUCGCCCCCGCCGGGCCUGCCGCCCCUGACGUCGCUGCCACACGGUAACCUCGCCGGGGAGGAAGGAAAAGGGGUUGGGGCGGAGGGGGGGGGUCGCUUCGGUUCUGGAGGCCUUGAACUUUGGGGCGUUUCAACAGGCCCUGUUGAGCCCCCAGGUAAGUCGUGCGUGGGAUUGCAACUAUGAAAAUACAGUCAUAGUGAUCAAAUAUAUAUAUUUUAAAAACAACAACCUGCGCUCAGAUCACGUGCAGUUCCUUAUUACAGCCAGCUGUAAGUAAGUGGUAUAUUUAUUCUCCCUCGCCGCCACCCCCCCUUCACCUGCUUAACUCAACAAUCCUGCGAGGUAGGCUUCAGAGAGGAUCAGCUAGCCCAAGGCCAACCAGAGAUCUUCAUUAGUGGGAGAUGUUUGCCUCCUCUCUCCUCCCAGCUGGAUGGUCUACCCUCCCUACUGCGUUGUGUGAGAUUUUUUUUAGGGAGAAUGUGACUUAGGCUGUUGGGUCAGGAGCCCAGAUUAGGGAGAAGGAAAGGAGCAAUCCCAGUAUGGUAUUUGAACUUUUUAGAAAUGGGGGCAGAGAGGUGGUCAUGUUCUUCGGGUGGUAGCAGAUGGGGAACGGGGAAUUGACUAUGAUCUGAGAAGGCAAGGCCAACGUGGGCCAACUUAGCAAUGUGCCCAUGAGGGGAACAGCAGGGAAGGUCUUAGUGUAUGUGUUUGAAAGAUAGUUGAAUGGGGUUGGGGUGACCCUUGGGGAACCUUGAACACCUGAGAGAUUGGGGUAGGGAGAGGUCCUGUGUUGUGGUUGUUUCUGGCAGUAGUGUGGAGCCAUGCCGACUGCACUGGGACAAGCAGAAAUGAGGAGUGACUCAGGGCAGCUCAGUGGCUGUGAUGCAAGGCAGGACGUCACUUGCCUACGUUGGCAGAGGAGGGGAAAAGUCUGUUUCCGGUUAUUAGAAGAGUUGCUAUGAAAGCCACUCGGAAAGACUUCCUUGAUGCCAUUAUGUUCCUAAACCACCUGUUAACAUGACGGGGUUUUAAUAUAUAAAAAAAGGCUGUUACCUUUCCCCCUUGCUCCUCCUCUAAGGAGGCUUUCUCCCACAGUAUGCUAGGCUGAAAAAUAGCAAACCAAAGUCACCCAGGGUGCUGGAAAUGGAUUCUCCCUAGUUCAGCAGUCUUAUCAACUACAUUACACUGGUUGUCUUCCAAGGUAGCAAAAUAUAAGGAAGGCAACCAGUGCAGAAAAGAGGAUAUUGUAAUCUGAAUACACAGGAGAAGUAAUAUAGCAGAUGAGGUGAGAGAUUUUAACAUGGUGAAUUACACUUGAAAGGUAGUUCUUACAGUAUUGGUAGCGGGUAGAAUGAUCAGAUCAGCAAAAACUUUAUUUGAAUGUGUGUUGUGCACUUCAGAUGUUGUGUUUCAUAUAGGGGUCCUUGUGGACUGUUGGUAGUGCCCUUUUUGUUUUUUUAAAUCCAGAUGUAUUACCUACUAGGUGGCAAAAACCCUGGUGGAAUUGGAAUCUUGCACAUGGGCAUCUUUUUCACCAGGUGGUACUAAGCAUCUGACUUAACAAGUUAAUGGUGUCAGAUUUAUGCUGCUAUUUAUUUUAUAGGUUGAUUAAGCUUAUUCAUGCUUAAAAUGCCAUGAAAUACUCUGGCUGCUUUAUACUUCCAUGAUACUGUUACUGGCACUUUCCCUUAACUUAAAUCUUAGUGUUUCCUACUGUGGGUGCUUGAGUCAGUGGCUAGGUUGGACAUGGAGAAGGGAUAGAUGUAUUGCUUCAAGGUCAUCAGGUGAAUCAGGAAGAAUGGUUCAACAUGCUAAUGGGAACUGUGAAUUGGAAAGCAUGCCUUUUCCUAAUAUCUCCAUAAUAUUUGCAGUAUUUGUGGCAAGACUGCCUUAAUGUAAAUUAUCCAGUUUCGAACAACUUUCCUCUUGGCUUUACUUUAUUAGGUAGGCUUGAUUCUGAGUCUGUAUCCCAUUCUUUCUUCAGAAAGCUCAGUGCAGCUUACAUGAUGCUCUUGUACAGUCUCCUAUGCAGUCAUGGGCCAGACUGAGACCUGCUUAAGUUUUUAUUCCCCCUACCCCAAUCUUAAAUGUGUUUAUAGGGUGUCUACAUGAUCUUGUAGUCAGGACCAAAUCGCAGCUAGUAAUUAUAGUUGAGCAUGUUAGCUAAGGAAUGUCCCUGGAUUACUUUCUGCUUGAAGUGGGAUGCUCAAUUGCAGCAAAAUCCUGUGCAUGUGUUACUCAGAAGUGAGCCCCAUUGAGUUCAAAAAACAUCCUUCCUAGUAGCUACUCUUUAGGUAACGUUUGUAAAGUUUAAAAAAAUGCUUGCAGGCAGGGUUUGUGUUUUUUGUUUUAGUUGGGAGAAAGUUGGCUUUUUGUUAUUUCAAGUUGUCAGUGAGGUGCAGAUAACUAACAUAGCUCUAUGAGGGAUGGGUCUAGUAAUUUCUGCACAUUUACCAGGGUUGAAAUAAGAAUACAUGAGAUGAAGCCUUGGGUUCCAAAUAAGUCCUGAUUGCCACUCUGCUUCAUAAAUUCAAAGCUUUCUUGCUUUUUUACCUAUGAAAAUAAAAGUUUGUCCAAGCUAAGAUAUUGCAUGUAUUAUGUAAAGCAUAUCUUGAGAACAUCACACUCACUGUUUCCUAUCAUCUCAAUUAACUGGUUGAAUAUCUAUAUUGCUCUACAUGGGUAUAAAGAUGCUUGACAACACUGACUGACAUAUUCCUGGGGAUAUCAUAGUUGUUUGGGUACUUUCACAACUGAUAGCUGAAACAUGAUAUAUAUGUACCCAAAGACACCCUUAAUUACUAGGAAUGACUGAAAAUGAACACUUCCCAUGAAGUCUUUUUCAUAUCAGCUAGCUGACAGGCAGCCAAGCCACUAUACUGAUAUAAUCUGUGGUGUGUGUGGCCUCGUGCAUAACAUUUCAUAGAUUGGGAUCAGGAUCUGUAGUAGCAGCAGCUGUUAUACUGUACCGUACAUGUGAAAGUUCAGAGAUGUAAGGAACUUUUUCUCCUUCAAUUUCUUACUAUCCUUGUGUGAUCGAAGAGCCUCUGACAGCCUGGAAUAUAUCUCUGUACAGUAUACAGAAUGUAAGAUGUUAGUUACUGUUUCAAUUCAUAUACAUAUGCUUGUGGUGGCUAAGUCAGGUUUGAGUAUUUAAGAAAGCUUUAGGCAUUCAUUAUCAAUAUGGUACCAUGGGCUGGGCUGGGGGUUUUUUUUGUGGGGGGUGUUGCUGUUGUCACUGUUGAGCUCUUGUAGUGAUUUAUGUGGUUCACUUUGGUUGUGUAUUUUAUAAUGCUUUGUUUUACUGUUUGUGACUACUUUUGUAAGGUUGCAUGUGUUUUCACUUUGUAAACCGCCUUGAGCAUUGUUUGAACUGUGGAAAGGUGGCAUUCUUAGGAGAGUGCCAGUCUGGAAGAGUUGCUUGGGCAUAAUUUAACACUGGAAAAUGUUUCUAGAGCAGUGAUUCUUAAACAGGGAGGCUUUUAAAUUUUUACUGAAUGGGUGUUUGGUAGGAGCACCAACCCACACCCAGUCAGUUCAUUAAGCAACGUGAUGCAGGAGCUUAUUUUAUUUGACAGUGCUACUGUAGACUAUUUUUUGUAAGAUAGAAAGCCUGGGGCUAUUUAUUUUACUAGCUUCACUUUUAUCCUACUUUUUGUCUCCAGAACCCAAGGCAACAUUCAUGGGUUACUUGCAGUGUUCAAAAUUUCCCAGGAUGGCGCCUGAUUUGUCCACCAUCUGGAGCUGCAUGCCUGGGGAUCCUUGGAUCUUGCCUGUUAUCACACAUUAGCAACACACCCUGUAGAAUUCUAUCCAUUAUAUUUUAUCUUCCCAAUCAAAAUGAAAUUCAGGAACCAAAAACUCAUAUUGAAAAAUAUGGCUUUUGAGCCAUCCAGCCCGAAAAUAGCCACCAGGUAUUCUGUCUGGCAACUGUAUCCCUGAUUUAAGGGGCUCAUAUAUCUGAGUUUCUAACACUGGUUACUUGCCAGGCUUAGGUCUGCUUAACUUGGAGAAGGAGCUGCAUCAAUGCCACUGCGACUCUGUAUGUCUUUGUAACUAUAUUCCUGAUCUUUGCUUUAAUCUUUGUAACACACACAGAGCUACUCAACUACCUUUACUCCAAUAUUUGAUUUGGCUUUUUUGGAGGGUUCAGGCUAGUUUCUUUUUUUUAUUUUUAGGUUUAGGAAGGCUUGCUUGAUAGAGGAUGAGUGUCCCAUCUCUUAACACUCUUAUCUCAGCCAGCUCUCUCUUUCAUCUUUGUUGAUGCUUAGUUCUGAAAUUCUUAAGAGAGAUAGUGGACUUCCAGAUCACUAUUCACUGCUAUGUUGAGCAGAUUGUUAGUUUAUCCACUGAAAUUAAUAGCAUUACUAACGUAAGUAUUAAAUUCAACGGUCUACUCUGUAAAGCUCAGUUGGAUACUGCCCUAAACUUUGUAGCGAAGGCCUGCAGUUAGGAGCUCAACCACAUGAUAGCCAUAAAGCAUGGAAUAUCAUGAGUAUUUUGUUGUCUGGAGCUGUAGAGAUAGGAUUUUGUUGCAAGAAAGAGGCAUUAUGUAAAGCUGGUGAGAAGAGGACAAAUAUGAGCUAGAUCAAGCUUCCUCAACCUCGGCCCUCUAGGUGUUUUUUGGCCUACAACUCCCAUGAUCCCUAGCUAGCAGGACCAGUGGUCAGUGAUGAUGGGAAUUGAAAGUCUGACAACAUCUGGAGGGCCAAGGUUGAGGAAGCCUGAGCUAGAUGAAAACUAAAAGACUCAAUCCAGACAAGACAGAUGUUCAUCUCCCCAGGUCAGUGGUGGCCAACUUGUUCUGAAGGGGGUUGCAGUCAGCAGGUUUCAGUCUGAGGGUGCUCAUGAUGUAACUUUCCCACUGGAGGCACCUGUAGCAUGUGUCAUCCAGAGUGCCUUUCACUGCCUUAGGCACGUCUGCAGGCUGUGGCCCUAACCUGGAAAGAGACAGCCUUGAUUCAGUUACACAUUUUAUGCUAACUUCCCAUUUAGAGUACAGUGGUACCUCAGGUUACAUACGCUUCAGGUUACAGGCUCCACUAACCCAGAAAUAUUACCUCGGGUUAAGAACUUUGCUUCAGGAUGAGAACAGAAAUAAUGCUCUGGCGGCACGGCAGCAGCAGGAGGCCCCAUUAGCUAAAGUGGUGCUUCAGGUGAAGAACAGUUUCAGGUUAAGAACAGACCUCCAAAACGAAUUAAGUUCUUAACCCGAGGUACCACUGUACUCUGUGUAUAAGGCUACUAAGCAAAGAGAAGGAUUGAGUGGAGAAGGACUGACUUUCUUUCGUCCGGCAACCCUUUUCACACAAAGCCCUUCACUGCAUCUUAAAUCUGGCGAGGAGGCAACUCAGCUGUUCAAAACUUGAAGUAGGUGACGCUUCCAUUUUUAGAUGGAAAACACUUGCUUGUAGGUUAGGAUUGGGGUUAAAGGCAUGCUGGGUUUGCCCAUUCUUGCAUAGAUUAGGGUUGUGUUUUACAGGAAUUGAUUUCUGCCAUCAGUCUUGCUGUGCUACAAAAGCAGUCUGGGAUGCCCACAUGGUGUUGUGAGAUCAGAACUGCUCUUAACACAAAAUAACUGGUGAUUCAUCUUGCGCCUGUUGAUGGGACUAUCAUCCUACCUUGCUUGCAUUCUUGUCUUUGAACAGGAAGGCCGAAUGUAGCGAGGAGAUGGCAUAGUUCCUGCUCAACAAGUACUGCUGUCUUUGGGCGGUUAAAUAUUUAAUGUUCUUUCCUUGUCUUCUCCCAGACCUUAUUGCAGAGUUCACUUUAAUUAUUGCUUAUUAUUUGCUUCGCUAAAUGUUCACAGGGAAAACAAAAGGGUUGUGUCAGUCAGCAGUAGGCAAUGUAAUUCAUUUACCGAUUAAUACCUUGGCUCAUGAAGUACAUUUUUUGUUGAUAUUGUUAGAAACAAAAAGAAAGCAUUCUGGAAGAUCUGCAAGCUUCUAAAAUGCAUGUUUCACCAGUUUCUUCAAAAUGGUUUCUUUACAUUUCUGUAUACAUUAAAUAGACUUUAUUUGAACCCAAUUAUGUGUUAGAUGUCAGAGCUUGUUUCACUGUCCAAAGUAGUUAGUUCCUUUCCCUCUUCACUAAUUAUGCCAACCAGGCCACAAACAUCUGGGCUUCUUUUGGUAGAAGGGAGUGGCAAAAAUCUAAUUAUUACAAUAAUUGAGAUAGGGAACAGGCUUUGUGGUCUGAGGGUGUGGACAUCAGACAACUGUGAAAUGCAGUGUCUGCCAUUUUUUGUAUUCAGCACUAAGAGAAGCAUACCUGUAACAUUGGAAAGUUUAUUUGGAAGCAAUAAUAAUAAUUUUAUUAUUUAUACCCUGCCCACGUGGCCUAAUGUUUUAUUACAGGACUUCUUGAAAAUAUUCCAUGAUUGGACUGUCCAUGCAUUGUUGCUAUAGAAAAAUAAAACAAAAGCCCUUACACUUUAAAGGUUUCCUUUUGAGACAUUCACUGCUUUGUUUACUUGACAACCACACAGGUAAUAAUGUCUCUUGGUGCUCUUUGAACUUCUCAGGAACCAAUCUGGAAUGUCCAGUUCUCCCUUUUGUUGUAGUCUCUGCCCUGUAUUAUUUUCCACAGUCUUUUUUUAUGAAGUAUAAUAAAUGAAGUGUGGUAAAUCAAGAGCCACAGGUGACAUCUAAAGUAGUAUAGUCAGCUCACAACUUAAGUGCAUUUAACUUGUGCGACUUCAGCUUUAUGCACUUGGCUGAAAAAAUGAAAAGGAGGGCAGGUGUCGGGGAGUGUGUGUCAGCAAUCCCACCUGCCAUUGCACUCGCCUUUGGAGAAUAUGCUUUGACUACAUGUGAUUUUGUCUUCAUGCACCAACCCCAGAAUGUAACUCCUGCGUAAGUUGAGAGUCAACUGUAUAGUUAAGCAGUCUGAAUUCAAAAUUGCGUGCUGUGGCCUCUACCUUGGGAUACAAGUUUCAGUGUAAGGGUGUUGGUGAUGGCAUCUAUCUGUCUCAAGGGGCAAUGGAGUGCGUUUCCAGGGGUGAAGUCAAAGUGCUGUGUUAGCAGCACCAAAGUGACCUUCCCAGGAUGCAUGCCUGAGCAGUGUGUAUGGAGGUCCUGGGCUGCCCAGACACCAAGACACAUCGCUGAUGUGGUCCAGAGGAAAGCAGAGCAAAACGUUUGGCGGCAGUUUGACUUCAGGAGUUUCUGGAAGGAGGCAUGCAAGGUGUCAUCCAACCAUCUUAGGGACUCCACUCCAAAUUUGUGUAGGGUUUACUCCAUAGCCUUUUCUUCUCCCAAAUAUAUCCCACAAGGCAGUGGAGGUUUAGGAUCAGCGAUUUUGUUCUCCUAGAUGGGCUACCUUGCCAGGUUGAUGAGCCCCAUCUGCCCCUCACUUUCCACUACAGCACUAGCAGAAACUGCCUUCAUAUGUGCAAGCCCAUUGUUAUAGACAUAUGAUUCAGUUUUUCAGAACCACAUAUUUUUGAUUAUGUAAUAAUUGGGAUGAUGUAAAAGGUUCCUGUUUUUGUUUAUCCUUGUCGAAUAUGUGGUGUCUGUCCUGUGUUGCCAACUGCACAUAACAAAAUGGAUUUCUCUCUCACCCAUUACUGUUGCUACUAAAACAGUCAUGUUUUUAAUUUAGGAUAGUUCCUUCUUAUUGUGCCUGUAUAAGGAUUUUUUCCCAAUGAGUCCAUAUGUGCCUUGGUGAUAACGAUGUUGCUUACAUUUAAAUAAUUUUGCUGUAAUUUGUUUUGUAGCUUCCCUGUAUAGCUUUACCAGAUAAGGCAGUGUUUGUUGCUGAACACCCUGUGAGCUUUUUUCUCUGUGCUAUCAAUAUGUGUGAUUAUUCAUAGAGUAUAAUAGGAUAGGUGCUUGCUCCGAGGGGCUUCCACAACCUGUAAUUCAGCACAGAGAAUACAAGGGAAGGAGAGAAGAGGAGGAAGAGGAAUGUGUGUGUAUUUCAGUUACAUGUAUGUAGGCUUAGUUACAGUACAGGGUGAUGACAAAAAUUGUUUCUUUUUUAUGAGAAGAGACACCGCAUGUGCAGCCUUACCUGAAAAGCUACUAGUGCACAUUUGUGUGUUUAUUAUCUGCCCAUGUUUGUUAGUAGUUUAUUUAGAAUUUCUGAAGUUCCAAAUUCCCAAAGCAGGUAACCAUAUAAUCCACUGAUAGUCUGAAAUGGGGAAAGUUGAGUUGCCUUGCCAGAUUGCAGGGAGCUGAUACUCACUUGCCUCAGGCAGGCAAGCAAGUACAGUAGUUGUUUACAAGCCUAAUAGGGCGUUGUCCAAAAGCAGUACCAAAGUUUGCCCUUGUAAAAAGAUGGAAAAGUCCAGCAAGUUUGGCUUUCUGUUGCAGUCAUCAGAGUUAAAGGAGGCUUUGUAACAGUCACAACUGAAGUGUACAACGAUAGUUGAGCAUAAUCUCCAGGGGAAUAUUUAGGGCAAAGAGUUUGCUAAUAUGUUAUGUACACUUCUCUCCUCUCUCUGUCUCCCACACACACUCAAUUAUGGUAAAGUUUAUUAUUUAUAUUUUGCUCUUCCACAAUGAUUUGUGCCUAAAGUGGCUCAUAAUGCAAAGAUAAAUAAAUAAACAAUGCACGUUAAAAAAACAGAAUUCUUAGGAUGAUAAAAUAAGCACACGCAAACAAAAAGCACAAAUAAAAUGGCACAGCAAACAAAAAGUCCAGCACCAGACUGACUGAAAUCAAAAUUUAAAAGGCCUUGGAAAAAUACCAAGGCUUCCACGUGGAGAAGGGAUUUAAAGCACAUUAGGAAUGGAUGUGAGGGACAAUGAACUUCCCCCAGAAUUACUUAGUUUUCCUUCUCCUUGUGCAGCUUGGAGGAGGAAAGCACAGCCUAGGGCAGAGGUCAGCAAACUUUUUCAGCAGGGGGCCGGUCCACUCUCGCUCAGACUUUGUGGGGGCCGGACUAUAUUUGGGGGGGGGGGAAAUGAAUGAUUUUCACCCGCCCACAAAGAGGCCUGAAGAUGCUUCGCUUUACCUGUCCCAGUUGUCAUCCCAAAAGCUGCAGUUGGGCUUCUCCAGCCAGCCAGGUGCCAUGACGGGUAGGAGGCUGCGUCGGCUGGUGAAGAUAGCAGCAGCAGCCCCAGCGGAGGAGCCGCAGACGGAGGUAGGGGAACCGGGGCGUCACCGGAGCUUUUACCCACCACCAGCUGCUGCUGCUGCUUCCGCUGCUUCCCAAGAGGCACUGCGGAGAAGAAGACUGAGCUGCCCACCAACCUGCAAGUGACCCACCUGAACGCCAUGGGAAGAAUGAAGGAGGCAGGCGGCGACAAAGAAAGUGUGCAAGGAAGUGGUGUGGAAAAGGGGCGCAGAGAAGGAAGGAAGAGCAGACUGGGGGAGGCGGAGGAGGAGCAGGCGGAAAACGCAGCAGCAGCUGGCGUCACACGCCCCCUUCACAGCACCGCCCUGCUGAGGCGGGCAGGCAGGCGAGCCGACCCUUGACAGUGCCCAGCGUGGCACAAGAUUGCUCCGUCCCUGAGGAGAAAAGCGCCGCCGAGGGAGGGAGAGGGAAAGAAUGCGCGUGCUGGCAAUCCACGCGGUGAUCCCCGGACUGUUCGCGGGCCGAAUCUAGAAGGCAGUUGGGCCUGAUCCGGCCCACGGAUCUUAGUUUGCCAACCCAUGGCCUAGGGGGAAGGAUUCGCUUCUGCUAACCACAUUUACCUUAAAUCCCCCCCCCCCCACCACCUCACACACUUUUCAUUAAUUCAACAUGAUGCAAGUUGGGUCAUGUGGGUAUCACAACUACUUCUAUGACGUAAGCAAGGAGGAAAGCCUUUCCAAAAAGUUACAAAUGUGGGAAACAAUGGGUUGCCUGCCUUAGAAAUUUAAUGUUAUUUUAAAAGAAUUUGAGAGCUUUUCAAGGAUUCUUGUAAGGAUUGUGCUUAUUCUAAUGCUGGGUCUCCAUAACAGAAUAAAGUUCUAAAAUGACCUUGAUGGAGUGGAAAACUCAACCCAAACUAACGUGAAAUCCAGCAGAGACAAGUGCAGCAGUUCUGCAUUUUGGGGUAUGGGUAGAAAUCGAAUGCACAGCUAUAGGAUUCAGGAUAACGUGAUCUGGCAAAAGUACAGGUGAAAAAGGUUUUGGAUUUGUAGUUCAUCACUGAAUAUGAGUCAGCAAUGUGAGUUGGCUGCAAAAAAGGCUUAAGUAGUUUUGGUCUGCAUUCUACAGUUUUUAUUUAUUUUUAUCAUGCAGUUGCUAUUGGAAGAAGUACUUAAAUCCAGAACUAGAAAGGUUUAACUAGAACUAGAUAGUUUUGUAUGUUACUAAAUUUAUUUUAUUUAAUUUAUUAUAUUUCUGUGCUGCUUUCCACACACACAAAUCACAAAGUGGCUUACAUACAAUAAAUAACUAUAACAUAGUAGAGCAUCCCAGUUAGAACAUAAAUCAUAUAGAAUAAGUAACAAAUCAUCAGUAAAACAACCACCUUCUAUAAAAGACUAUUAAUAAAACAACUAAAAAAAUAAGCUAAGCAGCACAACCACAACAAGUCAUGUAAGAUUCACAAAGCAUUACUGCACUCAUAAUUCACAAAACAAAAUUAACAUUUACAAUCUUACAACCAAAACCAAACGAAGCACUCUUGAAUUCACUCUCUCUCUCUCUCUCUCUCCUCACCCCAUAACUCAUAAUCUUCUACUCAGUUCAUCAAAAGACACAUACACAUAAUGCCUAUGGCAGCAGCUCUGUUCUGAAGGCUCCUAGGGCCCCAAGGUCCAGGCAGGUGGAAAAACCCGUUGCCUGAUGGCCAGCACAAAAUCUCAUUCUCCGCACAGUUCUUCCUCUGGAAACAGUUCCCUUAUGAAGGCUGGAGGGUGGAGCAAGGCAAGUGGAAAAAGCCACUGCUUGAUGGUCAGCACAAAGUCUCAUUCUCCUCAUCAUAAGCUCGAAGUAAGAUUUUGACCUCUACUCUGGUUUAAUUUUCCUGUUUUCUCUCCAUCUUUUAAAAAAAAUGAUUAAUAUUUACAGUAGUGGUACCUCGGAUUACAUACACUUCAGGUUACAUAUGCUUCAGGUUACAGACUCCGCUAACCCAGAAAUAGUACCUCAGGUUAAGAACUUUGCUUCAGGAUGAGAACAGAAAUCGUGCUCCGGCAGCAGCAGGAGGCCCCAUUAGCUAAAGUGUUGCUUUAGGUUAAGAACAGUUUCAGGUUAAGAACAGACCUCCAGAACGAAUUAAGUGCUUAACCCGAGGUACCACUGUAACUGCACAAGAACAGGAGAUUCCAUGUUUAUAAGUAUAGGCCUGCAUCCAAAGUUUUGCAUGCACAAGCGCAGUUCUUGAGCAGCACCAGUGUGCCAUGUGGUAAACCGCUCUUGAAAACAAGGGGACUCUCAAAAGCAGGUAGUGGCAUGACAUGGGCACCUGCUCUUUAAAGGAAAUGUUAAAUCCCACUGGGCGUGUUCGGCCACUUCACUGUGGCUUAAAGUAGUUCCCUGUCCCUAACGUAUUUUUUGGAUUAGUAAUUCACUGCCAUUUGUGCAAAUGAUAGAGGAUUGCGACAUUUCUAAGCUCGCUCAGUUUACAUUCCUAGUGAUUAUGUAGCAUUAACUCCUUCCUUCUCCCCUGUCUUAUUCUAAGGCAGUGGUUCUCAUGGCCGCAUACUGCUCUUGAAGCAAAAGAGAGACACAAAUUGAAAAGCCAGCUGGUUUUUCUUUCUUACUGCUUUCUCCUAUCUGUGGAUGGUUAGACCUGCAGAGACUUACAAAGAAUGAGGGAGGAAAUGACAAAUGGAUUGCCUAAAUGUCAAACCCAUAGAAGGCCAGGACUUCCCCCUAAGAAUCCUGGGAAGUGUAGAGUUGUUGGGACUCCUCUUUCCGUCGCAGAGCUGCAAUUUUCAGAGAUUCGACAGCAGUCCUUUCUCUCAGAGAAGUCUGGGAACUGUAGUUCUGUGAGGGGAAUAGGGGCUUCCUAACAACACUAAGCGUCCUUGAUAAACUACACUUCCCAGGAUUCUUUAGUGGGGGCCAUGACUGUUAACGUGGUACAAUACUGCUUUGACUGUAUAGUGUAGAUGGGGCCUAGGAUUAUGUUCCCCAGCAGCAGCAAUUUGGAUGCUUCUUUGUGUUCUUGAUAAAGGGGUGGAUGUCAUGACUUCCCCCUUUUGUUACCAGCAUCCGAUCCUCAAGAGGUGAACAUUCUUCCAUCCCCCAUAUAAUUGGCUCCAUGAAAUUGCAAAGGAGGAAGAGUUGAUUCUCUGGAGGAAGCCUGCCCUCUCCUCUGUUCUAAAUGUGGGCCUCCUGAUCAUUAUUUUGUUGUAGCACACCGUGUUAAGACUUGCUGGCUAAAUUGUUUAAACCUUUGGACAGUGAUGUGGGGUGGGCAAAUUUCCAAGGCAAGGAUUUAUUAUCACUAUUGGGGGGGGGAUCAAUGUCAUAAAUAUAUUAGCAUUAUUGAAGAAUAUUAGGCAAGCCUGUCGUUUUCAUAGCUGUAAUGAAUGUUUUCAGGUGAUUGUCCCUAUGCAAGUCAGCAAACUGCAUAUAGUUCUUUGCGUUGCUGAAAUUUAUUGCGCCAAUGGUUUUCAGUACUUUUGUUUGUUUUUCUUAAGCUUGAACAAAAUGAGGGAAGUACAUGAUAAUGUAUUUAGAUUUUUACAAGCACGUAUUCCAGUUCGGUUCUCCUUAAUAGCAUCUUUAUUUUAUUUUAUUUUAAUGAUAUUUAUUAAGAAUUUUAGAAUUACAAAAAAAGGGGGAAAAAAGAGAAAAAACAAAAGAAAAACAAACAACAAUCAAACAAUACAAAUUGAUCAAAAUCAAAAAAUAACACAACACAAUCAAAAGACAAAAAUAAGCCACAAACAUUUAAAAACAAAUCCAAUAUUCUCAAAUCCUUAACUGUCAUUACCUUCUUUCUUUGACCUCCUCACUCCUCCCUUUUUUGUAUCCUAGUUGUUAAUUGUCACAGCAAAUCCUUUCCAUUUUUCAUAAUAUUCUGUCAUUACAUUACCUUAAUCUAUUUUAAUCUUAUCUUACUAUAAAAGACCUUAAAACUUGAAACUUAGAUCUUAUUUAUACCAAUUUCUCAUAACCAUAAUAUUCUUACAUAAUUCUUUAAACAUUUUUGCUAAAGCCAAAUAACUUCGUUCCAACAUUUUUCUGACAUUCAUCACUUUUAUAAAACAAUCAUAAUAAUAAAAAAAAAAUUCUUCCAAUCCAGCGUCUCUUCCUCCUGGUCCCGGGUUUUGUCAGUCCUUUCUAUCCCAUCAAUCUAGCGCAUUAACCUGGUGAUCUUAUGUCCGAGGCCCUUAAGUUUCUUCCAUGUCCCUUCCGCGGCUCUUCUUCAUAUUUAUACCUGUACUUUACUUUGUCUCCUGCUCCUUUCACUCGUGGGAACUCCAACUUGACAGUGUUUUUGACCCUUCUCGACAAAUCAGCCCCUUUUCCAUAGUCCACACUAAACUCCAUGUGGUAUUUAAAAACAUGUUUCAAAGUCCCUCCAGAAUUAAGAGCCCCCACAACCCCAAACAUCUCACGGCCCAUUGCCAGACUUGAAAAGUCCAAACAUCCCUGCAUAGGGGGGUCUAUCCAACCCCCCCUCCUUAAUAGCAUCUUUAAAGCACAUUAAGUGUGCCUUAAUUUGCUUCCUCAAAUAUUUCAGGUGAAAUACUUGUGCUGCAUUGGGGCAUAAAAUUAACGUGGGGAACUUUCAUUAGCUUUGUUUACUAAAUAAAGGUAAAGUAAACAUGCUGAAUUAGAACACUCCCUAGGGUAGAGGUAGCCAAGCGCUUGUCUCCAGCUGUUGUUGGACUCCCAACUUCUAUCAGCCUCAGCCACCAUUGCCAAUGGUAUGGAUAAUGGGAGUUGGAGUCCAGCAACAUCUGGAGGCACUAUGUUGGAUUCCUUGGCUCUAGGGCAGGGUUUCCCAAACUUGGGUCUCCAGCUCUUUUGUUUGUUUGUUUGUUUGUUUGUUUGUUUGUUUACUACAACUCCCAUCAUCCCUAGCUAGCAGGACCCAGUUGUCAGCGAUGGUGGGAAUUGGAGUCCAAAAACAGCUGGAGACCCAAGUUUGGGAAGCCCUGCUCUAGGGCAUUAAAGAGUUUUUUAAAAACCCACUACAGUGGUGCCCCGCAAGACGAAUGCCUCGCAAGACGGAAAACCCGCUAGACGAAAGGGUUUUCCGUUUUUGAGUUGCUUCGCAGGACGAAUUUCCCUAUGGGCUUGCUUCGCAAGACGAAAAUGUCUUGCGAGUCUUGAGAUUUUUUUUUCCGCUUCCCCCCCUUUAUCUAAACCGCUAAGCCUUUAAUAGCCUUUUAGCAGCUAAGCCGAUAAGCCUUUAAUAGCCGCUAAACCGCUAAUAGCGCUAAUCCGUUAAGCCGCUAAUAGGGUUGCUUUGCAAGACGAAAAAACCGCUAGACGAAGACACUCGCGGAAUGGAUUAAUUUCGUCUUGCGAGGCACCACUGUACACAUUACUAUAAUUUAUAUCAAGAUUUUAUUUCCAGAAUUUUUUCCAGUGCAGCAUUUUCCAGAAAACUCACAUCACUACCCUUGGAGGAUAUGUCAUUAGUGCCAGCCGCUUCCCGCACAACUGUACACUCUGUCCAGUGUCAUCUAGCAUUUCUAAUUACUGCCCUGAAGAGGGUAUUGCUGUUGCCUUUGUAUCUUCUGUGUUCUGCUCUGCCUGACCUGCAUUCACCCUUCAUGCCUGUAAUAUUGGCCUUCUGCCAGCAUGGCCUGCUUUGCUCUAUUCUUUUGGAGCCUGCAGCGCAAGCAGAACCAAAAAAGUGGCUGAGAGUCUGGUUCCUGUAGUAGUGUGAGCAGACAGUACGUUUACUUUACAAAUCCACUGGUGUGCUGUAAGCCAGCAUUCUGAAUUACUGCCAAAUGCUAAGCGGGGUGUACAAGCACACAUCUGAUUCCCACCCUACACCAAAAGAGAGAUUUGUUAUUUUAAAUGUGAAAAGUAAGUGAGUACCAAAUAUAACCAUAUUUUGCUGGGCAUUAUGGCUUAUGGAUAGGGACACGGGUGAUGCUGUGGGUUAAACCACUGUGCCGCUUGGGCUUGCCGAUCGAGAGGUCGGCAGUUCGAAUCCCCGCGACGGGGUGAGCUCCCAUUGUUCGGUCCCAGCUCCUGCCAACGUAGCAGUUAGAAAGCACACAGUGCAAGUAGAUAAAUAGGUACCGCUCCGGUGGGAAGGUAAACGGCGUUUCCGUGCGCUGCUCUGGUUUUGCCAGAAGCGGUUUAGUCAUGCUGGCCGCUUGACCUGGAAAACUGCGGACAAACUCUGGCUCCCUCGGCCUGUAAAGCGAGAUGAGCGCCACAACCGCAGAGUCGUUCGCGACUGGACUUAAUUGUCAGAGGUUCCUUUACCUUUACCUAUGGCUUACGGAAAUCUGCUCCCCGAGUUUGGUGCUUUUGUGCAUUUUUGUAUUUUCUUUUUCUCAGUUUGCUGUUUUGGCACUUAGUUUCUUUUAUGUGAAUAUUCUAAUCUGUAUUUGAUCUUGCUCGCUUUAAAUAAUGCAUAAUUUUCAUAGUGAACAUUAACUAAGUUCAAAUGCAUUAAAAUGAAAUUUGAGGGCUUCAGAAGCAUUUCAAAUUCGUAUUUGGAUCAACCAGAUAGUAGGGAAUCUGGGAAACAAACCACCAGAUCUCCCUUCUGCAUGUUUGUCCUAUGUAAUGAUACUUGGAAAAUUACUCCUAACCGCUGUGGUGCUUCAAAGUUCAACAUGUUUGUAAAGUGCUUUGAUUCUGCUUACAACAGGGUCAUUAGAAUCACAACCUCUGGAGUCUGAUUCAUUUGAUGAUACAGGCAAAUAGAUAGCUUUUUGUGUGCUACAUUGCAAAAAAAGAUUGUUUUUAAAUUGGCAAAUUUUAAAGGGCACAUUUGGCAACAGUAAGCCAUGUUUUAGGAUUACGUGAAUGAGCAGCAGUGAGCCUUGGUCUUGGACCCCCACCCAAGCAUGUUCAGAAGGGUUUUUUUAAUUGACCAGAACUCCACAUAAUAUCAAGACUGAUUAGUUUAAUCUAUGGCUAGCAAACUGCUGGCUAACCAGAGUUCCCUGAGUUUGAGUGUUACAGGGAACUUUAGUUCAUUUAAAAGUGGUUGCUUUUGAUGUCCUUGUGGCAUUGCUGGAAGAGGGGAGAGAGAGCACACAAUUUCAAGGCUUUCUGCUGCUUUAAACAAUGGGUUAGCAUUGCAUGCAAAACAGGGCAAAGUGUCCCAAAAACCUCACCGAACAAAUUCUUGUGCAUGUCUCAACACGUGCAAUUUUAAGGAGUUCAGGGAAUAGGAAGGGGGCAAACAGUAGGGUGAAAAGCCUAGAACCCUUUCCUUGUAUCUACUUCAGAUUGGCUGGCUUUUCUGGUUCUUGAGCUUUUAUUGAAGGCAGUUAUCUCUGUAUUUAUAUCAAUGCUGAAUCUCUUAUUUGUUUAAGGGGCAUCAGCAGAAUCUUCACAAGAGGAACAACCGUCACCUUGUGAAGGUAAUAUGCAUGUGUUUGCUGGAAAAUCUAAAGUGGAUCUAAUUAUGUGAUUUAGGAUACAUUGUUAAACUUUUGCUAACAUGCUGUGUUCUAAACACAUGUUUAACCAUGGCAUCUUGAGUUAAUGUCACAUAUUUAACAUUCUGUAUUUGAUUCUCUUUCAACAGGGUCAAAUGCUGCAGUCAGUAUGGAAAUCUCAGAACCAGUUGGUAAGUGCAGUUACGUAAUACAGCUAGAAGUGCUGUUUGAUAGCACUUGACUUGUUUAAUUGAAGAUACUGCUAAUUGAGUCUUUGCUGUUUUAUUGUGACAGAACAUAGUGUAGCCCCUUUGUACCUGUAUUUGAAAAUCUUUCAAGCCAGUGGGCAGAAGGUAGAUGUGAACAUCUACCAAAAGGUCUGGGUGAUUUGAAGUUGGUGUGCAAAGGUUUCUGACUACCACUUGUUAAACGAUAGUCUUGAGAAGGGUUUCUUCCACUUUAAACUGGACUUUUAAAAGCAGUGCAGGUUGAGGAGAGGGAAUGGAACUGAAUUCUUGUGUAAAAUGACCUUGAUCUCAUACAGAAAACAAACUCCUUCUGGGAUCAGCAUGUGGUCAAGCAUUUUCCUUAAUUCCUUAAGUGAAUGGUAUCUAAUGUUUUCAUUCUGCAAACAGAAGAAGCUUCCAUUCACACAAUAACCCCUUCCAUGAGCAUACUCUUCCUUGAAUGAAGCAAGAACUUUGAAUACCACCAAGUGUGUUGUACUCUCCCUCAAGCCACCCUUUUGUCCCUGCCUCUGUUGAAGGAUGGGGAACCUCUGGCACACGAGCCAAUCUUAUGUCUUCCAGAGUGUCUAAUUAGGCCCGUGAGGCCAUUCUUUUAAAGCCUUACCUACCUACCCAACAGAUGCUGUCGAUCCAAUGCCAGCUAGUGGGCAGGGCAGGGGGUUGGUUCUUCACUGACUGUACACCCCAAUUCCACUGCUGUGGAAGAGUGUGCAUAUCCAAACUCUGAGCCGGAUUUAACUCUGCUCAUCAGCUGGUGAACAGGGGUUAAACCCUGCUCGGUUUGACUGUGCGCAUGCAGCCAAAGCUCAGUGCGGGGCUGUUUGCAAAAGCUGAUGAGUUUUCAAACAGCGCAGAGCCCUUUGUUUUGCAAGCAGUCCCAAGCUGCUCUUUAAAGCUUCAAAAACCAAAGAUUCAAAGAGCAGCACAGGUCUGUUUCCAAAAGGGUUUUCAUCCAGUCUCCUGCUGCACUUUGAAGUCCCAACAAUGAGUAGAUUUCAAACACCUGAAAUCUGCCUACCCGUAUUCUUCCCACCUCUAUUGUGGAAUGUCAAGUAAGAGUAUAUUGAUGUCGGGCUUCAAAUUCUCAAAUAGUCUCAUACUUUAGGUAGACUGACCAGUUUUCAUUGGCAAUUUUAACUUGGCUCAGUAGGUAGCACAUGAGGCUCUUAAUCUCAUGUUUGUAAAUUCGAGUCCCAUGUUGGGCAAGAUCCUUGCACUGCAUGGGGUUGGAUUAGAUGACCCUUGUGGUCCCUUCCAUUUCUGUUAUUAUAUUUGAAACACUUUGAACAUGAGGAAGGAAGGGACCAAGUGUUCAGUCAUCCUCAUAAACUGAGUAGUAAUUAAUAAAUAUAGGUAUACAAAAACUGUAUAAUCUCUUCAAAAACUGUAUAAUCUUGAUGUGUUUUGUGUGUGUUCUGCAACUGAAAAUUCUAUUGUCUUAAAAUAGUCUGCUGAUACCUAUGAAUUGUAGCAUGCUUUGAAAAUGACUUGUAACAUCCAGUUUAGAACAAAGCUUUUGGAAAAGAAGCCUCAGCCAGCAGAACAAGAUCAGAAAAGAUGGAACUUGCAGCAGUAGAACUUUUAACUGCUUAGAUGUAACAUACCUGCCUUUGAAGUACCGCUAACCUUUUGUUCUCUCCUAAAAGAAAGCAGAUGAAAAUUUUCCAUUUGUUCAGAUAAACUCUUUGUUAAAUUCCAGUAGAAAACGGAGAAACGGAAAUGUCCCCUGAAGAAUCAUGGGAUCACAAAGAAGAAGCUAUUGAACCUGAGUUAGCAAGUGGACCUUCUGGAGAUGCAGGACCUACCGAGGAAGGCACCCCGGAAAUGAUGGAGGAGGAAGAGGAACUACCAAAACCUAAAUCUAUGAUGGCACCACCAGGUGCUCCCAAAAAAGAACAUGUAAAUGUAGUAUUCAUUGGACAUGUAGGUAAGCUGCUGAUAAGCGCAGGGAGGGUGGGUGCAUUAUAUGUUUUUUAACCUGAUCUUAUUACGGGGACCAUCUUUAAUGCUUUCAGAGUAUACCUUUUUAGAUGCUAAUGUUAGAUUCUAUAUAAAAUUGCAGGUUUGCCUUUCAUACAGAUUGGCAAAAGUUUAAAGAAUAUAGUAAGUUUGCUAGUGACAGUGCAGGCUUAGGCAUGUCUUCUUUGAAGUUCAGUGGGACUUGGUCCCAGAGAAUUUUAUAGGAUGGCAACCUAAUAAUUAUCCUCCUUGGAAGAGUUCAGAAUAGUGUGCAUAGUCAACCCUUCCUUUCUUUCAUGUCUCACCAAAACAAAUAGGUGCAGCAGAGAGUGACUCAUUUACGAUUACUGCUGAGUAGACAUCUGAAGCAUAGGAAGCUGUCAUAAUCUAUUUGUCUGCCUAGCUCAGUAUUAUCUUCUUUGACUGGAAGCAGCUGUUUAGAGCAGGGGUCGGCAACCUAAGGCCCAUGGCACAAGUGGCCCAUGGGGGUCAUUUAACUGGCCCAUGGACCCCUGCCGCCCGCUCGGUCGGCUCCCGUGCGCCACGCUAAACCAUAGCAGAGCGGGGACCGCCUUCCAUGAUGCUGACCGGCUUCCCGUUGGCUACAGGAAGCUCCUGCAGCCAAUGAGAAGCUGCACACGCCUCCUCCAUGCUGGAAGGAGUGCCAGAAAUAGUGUUUGUGCAUGCGUGCACUCCAGCCCACAGUGGCGUCUGCAGGACCAUGAACCGGCCCAAGCCACAAAAACUUUGCCAACCCCUGCUCUAGAGUCUCAGGCAGCAGUGUUUUCAGUGCUUGCUACUGAAUCCUUUCAAGUGGGUGUGUAAGGGUAGGUCUGGUGGUACCUGCUAUGCAGGAAUGCCUCUGGCUAUGCAGGGAACCUUUGGCCCUCCGGAUGUUGUUGAAUUACAACUCCCAUCAUCUCUGGCCAUGCUUGCUGAUGGGAGUUGUAGUUCAGCAACAUUGAGGGCCAAAGUUUUCCGACACUUGCUCUAGCAUAGGCAUUGCCUGUCAAUUAAAUGACUUGGUUGCAGUUACGCAUAAAGCUGAUAACCCUGCAAUUAAAAUGGUUGAUUAAUGCAUAAUGCAACAGGGAGGGGGGAGGAACUGCUAAUUAGAAUUCCUGCUUGCUCAUAUGACGUGGUGUCUGGGCUCUUUCCCCUUAAUAAUAAGUCUCCUUGCAGGGAGAGUAAAAUAAAUAAAACGCUUGUUAAGGACGCUGACAUCUAGAACUAAUGCUGUGGACUUUAAAAAAAAAAAAACAGAAGCAGCAGCAUACAGAGAAUAGAAAAGGGCAUACUUUGCUUCACAUCCUUUCAAAAUCAUUUGCACACUUAGUGUGCCUUCAUAUGUUCAUUACAUCCUCCUUUACUGAACAACUUAACUCUCAAACUGCCCAGUUAAACUCCGUUAUUCGAUCUACUCAUUUUGUUGCUAGUUCAUUUUAUAAAGCAAUGCAUUUUUAGAAAAGGAAAAUUUAUAACAAUGGAAGAUUUUUCUUAGCAUUUCCACAGACAAUUUUUGACCUCGCAACAUUGGUGAUACUAAUAUGAAAGACAAAAGAACAUCAUGAUGGGGAAAUCCAACACUUUAAUGGAAUGAGAGAAGUAGCUUAGGUGGUUGGGGAAAGCUUACUUUGAAAAUCCAUUUUUCUUAAAAAAUUGCUCUCUACAUUUUUUUGGCUAGAUGCUGGCAAAUCAACAAUUGGAGGACAAAUAAUGUAAGCAGCUUAAUUUAUCAAAUCUUUGAAACGUUUGUGCUUGAUUGCUUUUGUUGACGUAGACUUACCUGCAGUGCAGCAUUAGUCUGAAUCUCUUUCCAAUUGUUUUCUUUCUAUUGUGAAGUCUAUUGUAAAUGCCCAUAGACAUUUUCCUAACCUUUCCUGUAGUUCUACAGUUUAGACCAGGAUGGUGAACGUGAGGCCUUCCAGAUGUUACUGGACUCCAUCUCCCAUCAGCCUCAGCCAGCAUGACCAAUAGAGAUGAUGGAAGUUGGAGUCCAGCAACAUCCAGAGAGCCACAGGUUUCCCCAGUCCUGAUACAGAUUACAAAAUUGUCAUAUGCCCAUACUAAAUGCUGUUUCUCAAUGUAAAUGUUUGAUCAAAACCUGCUUCUCAUGCAGCACUGUAGUCCAGGGUUUCCCAGACUUGGGUUUCCAGCUGUUAUUGGACUAUAACUCCCAUUUCUAUCUACUAGAACCAAUGAUCAGGGAUGAUGGGAAUUGUAGUCCCAAAACAGCUUGUCUUAACUAUUUUCUGUGGAUUGGCUAUCUUUAUAUGCUGCUGUGUAUGCCAACGAAGCAGUGAGCUGUAUGGAUGGUUUAUUUACCUUUCUGAUGGUUUAUUUACCACCUCAUUCUGUCUCCUUAAAAAUAAAGCUGCUUUCUGCAGGCAGCUUCUACAUUCUAAACAACAUACAAAUCUAAUUUUUUCUAGGUACUUGACAGGCAUGGUUGAUAAAAGAACACUUGAAAAAUAUGAAAGAGAAGCUAAAGAAAAAAACAGAGAAACCUGGUAUGAAACCCCCUACAUCUUAUGAUGAACAUGCUUUAACCUAUGUGGAUUGUUUUUCCCCUCUCUCUUUGGCAAGAAAUAGAUAAAGUUCCUGGAGAGCAGGUUCUGACUUAGGAGAAUAACCAGCUUAGGGGCUGAGUGAGGAGGAGCCUCUGUUACCUGUCGUAGUUGAUGGGUUGCAGCCAUUGUUAGUCCUACUCAGAGUAACUUUGCUGCAUUUGCAGCACUGAAGUGACGUCUCUAGGGCACAAGUCUGGGCAGUGUAUAUGGAGGUCCUGGCUUGCCCAGACAACAGGACCUCCCCUCUCAGCCUCACUGAUGUGGUCCAAAGGAAAGGAAAGCAAUACAUCAGCACCAGCUUGGCUGCAGGAGUUGCCUGAAGGAAGUGUACAAAAUGCCAUCUAGCUGCCAUCCAGCUUCCUUAGGGACUCCACUCUGGGUUUAUGUAGGGGUUACUUCCUAACCUUUUCUUCUCCUGAAGAUGGCUAGCAGGCAAGUGGGUACACAUUUUCUAGAAAUGCUCUCCUUUACUUCAGUUGCAUGCUAGUACGCUGGGCUUUGAAAGCACACUCAGCUGCCUUGCCCAGUUCUUGUGAGUUCCGGGAAUGUUCAGAUACAUUUUUUGUGUGUGUCUAGAUUGACUCUUGAGAACCAUUGAGCCACACAGUGCUAGUGUGAUCACUCUUUUCCCUCUCCCUGUAGGUACCUCUCCUGGGCCUUGGACACAAACCAGGAAGAAAGAGACAAAGGUAAAACAGUGGAAGUGGGCCGUGCCUAUUUCGAAACGGAGAAGAAACACUUCACAAUUUUAGAUGCUCCAGGGCAUAAGAGCUUUGUCCCAAAUAUGAUUGGUGGUGCUUCUCAAGCUGAUCUAGCUGUGUUGGUAAGAAAUCAUUCAGUCCUUCUCUGGGUUAAGGAGCCCUUGGUAGAUGUUUAGCUGAUGACCUGUUACUGUUUUUUACUGAAGUACGUUUCUUGCAGCUGUAGGGACCUGUUUCAUGGUCUCAUUUUAUUUCAUUUUUUACUUUGUGUAUGCAUCAACUAAGGCAGGGGUCUGGAACCUUUUUCAGCCUGGGGUCACAUGCCAGUGCAGGGGUGGGUGUAGAGGCAAAAUUGAACGGAGCAACAAAUUUAAUUUUUACCUUGGUAUAGUAGAAAACUUUCUGCACUUGUUUGCACACCCAUCUCGAUUCUCCAUCUGGAUGAGAAAGAGCCGUUAGUAGAGUUCAAGAACACCUUCUAACCAUACAAAAACAUUUGGAGUGGAAAGCAGGGACAAUGAAUGGUGAGGCUUGUGUAAAGUUUCGAGGGCCACACAUCAAGGCCUGGAGGGCCACAUUUGGCCCCUGAACCUGAGGUUCCACACCCCCGUUCCUAAGGAAUUAGUAGUUGUAAGAUAAUGGCUUUUUAUAUAAAAAUUGUAGUCUUGAGAUUAUUUGAACAGUUGACUUAAAGGAGCAAUCCUCAACAUAGGUCACCUUGCAAGGCCUAAAAUCUCUGACAGUUCUUAAUUCUAACUGGAGAAGAGCAAGGAAUUGAGCUAUAGCCCUAAUAAUUCAAACAUUGAUGAUUUAUCUCCCUUCCAACUAGGUUAUCUCUGCAAGGAAAGGAGAGUUUGAAACUGGUUUUGAGAAAGGGGGACAAACGAGAGAGCAUGCCAUGUUAGCGAAAACUGCAGGCGUAAAACAUUUAAUAGUUCUUAUUAAUAAAAUGGAUGAUCCAACUGUGAACUGGAGCAAUGAAAGGUGAGUAGAACUCUUGUUAAAUUCUUGUUUUGUUUUUACGUGUUUUAUCUACAGUGUGUAUGUUAUCUUUUUGUAUUAGAAAUGGGAUUGGUCUUCUCCUACCUAAUAUACCCUGGUGUCCUAAAUUCUGGAAACCUAGGUGGAGUUGUUCCAGAGCUACAGGGAAGAUUAAAUGUUGACAUUGGGGUGUAAGAUCACUCCCAUUACAUGACUGAAAUGCAUGCUGCAGAAAUACAGGACUCUUUUUCACACAGGCCCUGUUGACCCAUAACUAAAAUUCCUGCAUGUGGCUUUACUACCUUAGUAUUCAUGUGGCGAUCAGAUCAUCAAACCAUCUUUUAUAUGCCCUCACAGUAGUUAGUUAGAAUGGGGACAGCAAGGACUUCACUGGAAUGGCCCCUAGAAUUUGGAAUAAUCCCUCAAAUUAGACAUGAUGAAGAGCCCAUCUCUGGCUGUUUUCUAUAGCAGCUUAUUUCAGGAGGUCUGCUGAUGGUCAAGGAAGUUCUCAUGCUGUCAUUUUUGCCUUCACAAUAAGUUUAAAUACUGUAUAUUUCCUUGAAUAUUGUAGAAAGGGCUAUAAUAGCUCAUGGCACUCGUCAUUGUCCUCCGUGCGCCAGUAGCGGUUUAGUCAUGCUGGCCACAUGACCCAGAAAGCUGUCUGUGGACAAACACUGGCUCCCUCAGCCUGAAAGUGAGAUGAGUGCCGCAACCCCAUAGCGGACUGGACCAAACUGUCCAGGGGUCCUUUACCUUUUACCUUAAUAGCUCAGGGGUCCUAGAUGUUGUUCCUGUCAUCCCCUUUAAAGGUUCAGGUAGUAAGUAAUGGGGGAAGACCCCUGUCUUUGUCUGAGAGACUGGGCACCUGCUGUCACUGCUGAGCUAGCUGAAUGAAUAGUCUGACCUAGUACAGUGGUACCUCGGGUUACAAACGCUUCAGGUUACAUACGCUUCAGGUUACAGACUCCACUAACCCAGAAAUAGUACCUCGGGUUAAGAACUUUGCUUCAGGAUGAGAACAGAAAUCAUGCUCCGGCAGCAGCAGGAGGCCCCAUUAGCUCAGGUACCUCAGGUUAAGAACAGUUUCAGGUUAAGAAUGGACCUCCGGGACGAAUUAAGUGCUUAACCCGAGGUACCACUGUAUAAGUGAACAAUUGCUAAUUCACAUCUCCCCCUUACAUACUAAGCCUGUGCUUUGCAAAAAACACUGCCAGAUUCACCCAUGUGCAUUCCGACACAGUACAGUCUUACAGGGACUACCACAGUGUCAUUUUCCUCGAUUCCCACAAACCUUUUACCCUGUUUAUACAAGGACUAUCCCUUAUAGAAGAGGAGGGCAAAGAUACCUGCGGAAUUUACAGUAGAUUGGCAAGGAUUUGUGGCUCCCAAUUGCUUAACAAUGACAAAAAGGGACCUUUUGCCUCACUUCCCUUUCCAUUAGCCCACUAUAAUGAAGAAAGGGUAACCAGGAGUGGGCUUUUGUAUGAAAGAACCCUGAGGUCAGUUCAGUUCUGGUGCUGAAAAUGAAUCCUAGGAUCAGAAUGUACAUAGAGACACCCUCUUCUUUCAUUUGGCAUGUGUCUCUUCCAUCUGGCUCUUGCUGGUAGAUUUUCAGAUUCUAAUUCAAAGCAGAUCUAACAAGUCUGCCCACCCCUGCUCUCUGUGGUCUCCAUUCUACAUUGGUGCCUAUGAUUGUUGGCAGAUAAACAGCUCCAUCAAAGUUUCUGGAUAAAGGCAGGUGGUUUUAGAGGUCUGCUAUUUGGGAAAGAUGUUCACUUGAACUUGAUUCAAGCUCAGAUCCAUCAAGAAAGCAUUGCAAGGUGAAAUGUAAAGAGAAACUGGCAGUAUCACACAACUCCUGGCCCCAGUGUCUCACCCUAGCACCUUUGACAUAGCUGUUCCAAGACCAUCCAAAGUCUGUUAAAGUUUUUCUUCUGUUGGGUGAAACUUUCAGGUAUGAGGAAUGUAAAGAGAAAUUGGUGCCAUUCUUGAAGAAAGUUGGCUUCAAUCCGAAAAAAGACAUUCACUUCAUGCCCUGCUCUGGAUUGACUGGAGCAAACCUCAAGGAACAAUCGGACUUCUGUCCUUGGUAUAUGUAUGUAUCUUUAUCUUUAUUUUGUUUAAUGUAAUGCCCUGCUUUUCUGUGGAGAGCUAGUUCCAAAGCAGCAAAUGCAAAAUGCCACAUGUCAUAAAACCCUGUAAUAUCAUAUUUAAGUAGUCUUAAUAAAAAUAGCUGUUACUGACCCACAUAGCAGCAGAGAAUCAAAACAGUUUCACACUUCAGUGCAGCCACCACCAUUAACUGUAAAAGGCCUGCCUGAACAAGCGAGUUUCAAGCACCUGCCUAAACUACACAACUUUCCAAAGACAUCUGCAGGCUGUCCUGUAUCAGGAAGCUUUAAAUGUUUGAUAUCUCACUGUGUUUUUAUAUUAUGUUGGAAGCUGCCCAGAGUGGCUGGCUGGCUGGCUGGGUGGUGGUGGUGGUUGUUAUAUCAUCAUCAUCAUCAUCAUCAUCAUCAUCACCAUCAUUGACGAGGGCAAGCCUGACAGACCUGUUGGUGUCUUUCACAGCACACUUCCAAUCUGGGUCAAGAGGAAACUUUCUGAAACAGGCAGUUUCAGCUUAGGCCCAGGUAGUCGUUCAAAGUGUUGGGGAGAGCAGGCCCAUGGGAAGGUUGCCAUUGGCCAGCCUCAUAGUGAUUGCCUAGAGCUCUGAGGUGGAGAGAGUGCUGCAGGCUACUUAAGAGGCACCCCAGUUUGUGAGCUGAUAUUUGUUUUGUGUGCCUGAAGAAAAGCGAUCAGGCCAGUACUGAUGUGAUCACAAGGCGAGUGGCUGCUCAAAUAGCCCUUCUGCAAAUCCUUUCUGUUAAAAUUUGAUUAUCUGCAGAUUUGAUCCAGGUUAAAACUUAAGCACUGCUGGUAGGUUGGUAGCUUCAAACUAUUUUUGAAGCUACAUUUUCAAAUGAACCAUUAUCAAAGCUAGGCCACCUGUCUGUAUUUUUUGUUGCCUCAGUUAAGAUGGCAAGCGAGAAUUCUUAGUCUUCUAACCUUUGUACAGUUCUUCUUUAUGAUGGUAGGGAAAAUAACUUUAUAUCAGAUUUGGUAGAAUUUAUGCUUAUACAGUGGCUUUAAAAGUUGGUAAUUCAUGAAUGUGAUGCAGGUAUAUUCAUCUCAUGAAGAAUGUUACUGUAUCAGAAGGUAACUGUCUCCAAGAACCAUUAUAGGUCAAAAUCUUAAACAAGACAAAGACAUACCAUGGAUUUGCAUGACAUUAUUUUCCCUCCUCUCUUUUUCAGUGGGCUACCGUUUAUUCCAUAUCUGGAUAACUUGCCAAAUUUCAACAGACCGGUUGAUGGACCAAUCAGGCUGCCAAUUGUUGAUAAAUAUAAGGUACUCAAAUAACAGCUACCUUGAAGAUAUGACACAAUUGCUUUAGUUGCUCAGUUUCUCAUUUAUAGUUGGCUGUGUCUCAUGGCUGCUUCCUUCUUCCCCCCAAAUAUGUUACUCCAAAGCCUGCCAUUGGACUAAAAUGUGCAAAAUGCAAUUGAAUUGUUCUUUUAUUAUCUAGGUACUGUACCUUAACCUGUUUUGGUGACAUAUGACAACUGGGAGUGUUAAGAACAUAGGGCCAUAUUCAGCUGACUCAUUGCGCUAGCACAAAGUUUUCCACUAGCGUGAUAGAACUUCCCCCGUUUACACCCCCAGGCCCUCCUCAGAUCUGGGAGAGAAGCCCUAGAAGAAUGUGCAGGGAGAGGAGAGGAGAGAUAAUUUGCACUUACUAAAUGAUCUCUUUAGUGCAACAUUGAAUACAACUCAUAGUAAUAUUUCAGAACAUUUCCCUGCAGUCAGUGGAAUUAUUAAAACAUGCAACCUAUAGUUCUGAAGCUGAAGACUUUGUUAUUCUGUGACUGAACUGGAGUGUGCAUGCGUGCACCCUUAAUGCACUCUUCUGGUUCCAUUUUCUGUAAAUGUAGUGUCACAGCAAUAUGUGUAAUUUUCUCACAAUGAAAAGAUUGUGAGAUGAACUGAAAUGCAUGUGUCACUUGAUUCAGCAAGCAUUGAGUACUGAGUCCCAUUCACCUGAAUGAGAGAAUUAAGCAGAAUUUUAAACAUUAAACUUUCCCCAUUGGUAUCAGUGGGACUAAAAAUGGCGUAGCUUUGUCUUAAGUGUCUACUGAAAAUUGGACAGCAUCGCUGCCUGAGAGUUGCUUACACAUGGAGUUGGAUACAAAGAUUUUCUUCCUCUAUCAAAGGGAGUCCCCCUUGAAUGAGGGACGGGAGCCUUUGGAAUCCAAUCCAGUGCAUUUAUCUGGCAUCAUAGUUGCAGGACUUUCAUUAGUCUAUGGUAGACUUGAUAAAUUCCACAGCUGAGUUGGUAAUAUGUCAUGCUUACCUGUUUAAAUCCACCAGGUCCUGAAGGUCUCACAAAAACGAGUAACCCAGCUAAAAUUCAGCUAACACCAGCUGAAGUUUAGCAUUCCUAAACCUCAGCCCCAAAUAAAUCUCUCUCCCCUCCCCCAAGGAUUAAGAUUUGUCUUUGCACCCUACCCUAUCCUCAGAGUGUCUGUGUGGCCACCUAACAAGGUGCAGUUGCUGGUGGUAAGGAGGUGCUCUCGUGUGAUCUUAAAUAUAAGGGUGAUAACAUGUAGAUGUGAGCAUACAGUUACCUAGUGGUUACUCCCAAUAUUUUACCCCUUGGGUUUAAUUUAUCUCCAGCAAAAGCUCCUUACUGCUUUGAUUGAAAUUCCUUAGCACCAUGCCAGAUAUUCUCUUUUGUAAAGCGCGGUAGGCUCUAUUUUGCUGAUUUAAAAAACAACCUUUCUUUCCAUGUUGAAGGAUAUGGGCACGGUAGUUCUGGGAAAGCUGGAAUCAGGCUCUAUCUGCAAAGGACAGCAGCUUGUGAUGAUGCCAAACAAGGUACGGCACGUUUUCCUCUUAAGAAGCUUAACUUUCUGGUGUUAAGCCUACAGAAUAAUUCUGAGGUUGAAAAUCGGCAUUCCCCUGUGAGGUUUCUUUUUUGCUCUUGAGAAGGCUUAGCGUGCUUAGGCACUAAUAAGCAGAAAUAUGCACAUGAUCAGCCUAGUUUUAGUUUGAGGAACUCCUGAAACAUGUGCUGCUGGUUUUUUUUAAUUUGCAGUUAGCAGGAUCCUAGUCGGAAAUGCUGUGGUUUACCCUGCCCAGAGUUGGGUUGUUUUAUCUUGCCACCAACGCAGACAAGCUCUUGAGCUGCUUGAAAUAUGCUGUCCUUUAGUGUUGAGUGUAUGCUGUGGCUACUUUUUAUGCAUAGGCUCGCUAAGUUUCAGCUCAAAUAUCUUAUCUGUGCUAGGUAGCCUAAAACAUUUCAGAUUUUCCAUUUUUAAAAAAGGUUGCUUAGAAAAAGUAAAAAACAAGUCAUCCUAAACCACCAAUCUCUUCCGUCUUUAAGGCAGAAAAUUCCACUGUUGCACUUUUCCUGGAAGCUUUCCAGAGCUUGGGUCUCACGCACCCAUGUAAAAUUCAUACCUUGUGGUUCUGAAUUCUGUAUCUGUUGGAGCAACUUUUGAAACCCAGCUUACUCUGCCUUGCAUACUUUAUGUGAACCCUGUUCAUUAUUAACAGACCAAUGGAAAGUUAAAAGCUAUAUGUUAAGAACUCCAAGUCCCUGCUACAAACCAUCAGAUUUAUCUGAUUUUGGCAUGAGUUGGCUCCUUUCAAAACAGGUGUUUCUCAGAAAUACUCCUCCAAGCAAGUUGCCUUGUUUCACAACCCUGUAUUGGUUUCAUGUUGUGUCUGAAACCUGAGCGUGGGGCAUCUGGUUCCAAGAGAUAUAAAUAACCAACACCCAGUUUUCUCUGCUUACCUUCAUGACUCCAGUCAUCAACAAAACAGAGGCUGGGUUUUUUUUGGGGGGGGGGGUAACGUUCAAAAUACAAAUUUUAAAUGUGUUUCUAGACUUACCAAAUAGCAAGAUUAAGUUAAUAGUCAUUGGGUUGGAGAGGCAGAGGGAAGUGAAGUUUCAGCUAAUAGAGGAGCCUUCUGGGAGAGAGGAGAGGAUCCUUUGGUGCGAGGUAUAAAGGGUAGAAGGGAUGCGGGUGGCGCUGUGGGUUAAACCACAGAGCCUAGGACUUGCCGAUCAGAAGGCCGGCAGUUCGAAUCCCCGCGACGGGGUGAGCUCCUGUUGCUCGGUCCCUGCUCCUGCCAACCUAGCAGUUCGAAAGCACGUCAAAGUGCAAGUAGAUAAAUAGGUACCGCUCCGGCGGGAAGGUAAACAGCGUUUCCGUGCGCUGCUCUGGUUCGCCAGAAACGGCUUAGUCAUGCUGGCCACAUGACCCGGAAGCUGUACGCCGGGUCCCUCAGCCAAUAAAGCGAGAUGAGCGCUGCAACCCCAGAGUCGGCCACAACUGGACCUAAUGGUCAGGGGUCCCUUUACCUUUACCUAUAAAGGGUAGAGGAUGAGCAAAGUAGAUGUGUUGGGGAAGCACUGUUUUGUUUAGGGUUUUUUUUGAUUCUGGAUUUGAUAGUUUAGUUUUACCAAGCCCUUCCUUGUAUCCAAUGGAGUUUUCCUCAGAGCAGACCUUUUAAAAUUAAUGGACCUACAUAAAUCAUGUUCAUUAAUUUCAGUGGGUCUUCUGAGUAAAACUAGCAAUGGAUACAGCCUCAUGUAUUUAAAUUAUUGUAAGCAACUUUGGGGGGAGGGAGAAAUGUUGCAAAUUGCUAGUGUGGUCUGGAGCAAGGAAAGGUUUGACUAGCUUGCAAGUGAAGAUGUUUGGAAAGUGGCACCCUGUAUUAUGUGAUUCACUCCCAAAUCACUUUCUUCUGUAACAGUAUUUGGCUUUUUCCUUGCAAAAGGCCAGGGAGAAGAGGAUAUGAUAGUUUUGCCUUAAAUGUUCUGCUGACUGCAAAUAUUUAGUGACUUCCUGGCUAUUGCAUUCAGUUACUUCACCAGUAACUCUGGAGCAGCAGAAUUAAAUCUGCUUGCCUUGAGCAUAAGCAAACAUGAAUGUUCUCUGCAGAAUGCCCAUCAGUUUAUUUGUGUGUGUUCAUCAAUAGGCCGGCAUACUGUGGUGGUUUGUGAUCCCACUAUGUGGGGUUCUGUGUUAGACUUUUUAAAAUAUACUUUUAAUGAAGGAUUUUUAAAUAUAUAUAAAAAUUGAAUAACAGGGCAAUGAAUACAUACUGCAUUAUAGAAAAGGAAACUUUAAAAAGUAUUUUUGUACAAAUGUACAAAUAUAUAAAACUUUUUUUAAAGGGGGGGAGGAGUUAACUACACAAUAUAAAAGCCAGCUCCCCUGCCUCCUGAUCUCCCAGAACGAGAAGAGAUAUGAAGAGGGUGGAGCAAAGACAGAGAAGUCUCAGGUGGCUUGGAAAAAACUGGCAAGGAGUUUGCGAGCUGCAAAUAAAAGGUUUUAAUUGUUUUAAGUGCAACAUACAAUAUGACACUAGAUGGUGAUGCUGAGCCUUAUGGAAAGUUCAAUGUAUUUUUUUAAAAACGCUUUUUUAAAAAGCAUUUUCAGAACGUUUUAUAUAUGUGUGUGGAUUCCUCCUUAGGCAGCUAUGAGAAGGUGGGGACUUUACUGCCUCAUUGGGGCAAGACCUACUGGGAAGAGUUGCUGGGAUCACUAGGCCUGUGCUGUUUUGGUUUAUUUGAAAAACGUUAACUUCACUAACAGUGGGUGUUUUAUUGCCAACCUGCUCCUGAUAACUGUUUUUAUCAAUUCUAAUGUUUAAGUUUAUGUUGCUGUAAAUGACUUAAAUGUUUAUCUGGCUUUUUGCAACCAAGUGUUAUAUAAAUUUUGUUUGAUGAAUAAAUAAAAACGUUUUAAAGCCUUAACGUUGCUUUCUUGAAGCAUAAUGUGGAAGUCCUUGGGAUCCUUUCCGAUGAUGUAGAAACUGAAUCAGUAGCUCCAGGUGAAAAUCUGAAGAUUCGACUGAAAGGAAUUGAAGAGGAGGAGAUCCUCCCAGGGUUUAUACUCUGUGAUCUUAAUAACCUGUGUCAUUCAGGACGCACUUUUGACGCUCAGGUAUGUUUGUUGGAAAACCAUGAUUGAUUUUCAACCGAUAAAUGAAUAAUACUAGAGUUGGUUGAUUCAGAUAUGCAUAUGUUGAGGGUAUAUCAGCAAUUAAAUCUUGUUCAGAAAUCAGUGGUAUCAAUGUGCGAAUUAAAUUGUUAAUUCUUGAUUUGAAAGUCUUCACCUUCUAGAAAAGAAAUUCUGUUUGCUUGCAAGUUAGUUAAUUUUCCUAGCGUAUAUUUCUGCUUGAAGCAAUAUCUUCCUCCAGAGGGAAAGAGAGAUGAGGGAAUUACUACCCAAUAUCCAUAAGAAAUUGGUGUUUUUCUACAUUAUGUUUACUUAGUUAUUCUUAUUGAUUACAGAUAGUGAUAAUUGAGCAUAAAUCCAUCAUCUGCCCAGGUUACAAUGCGGUGCUGCAUAUUCAUACCUGUAUUGAAGAAGUUGAGAUCACAGUGAGUAUUUCUCUCAUCUUCUUUGAUUAAAAGAUACACAGUGGUGGCAAAAGGUUUGAGUGAAGUGUCUAUUAAUUGUGCAAAUGGGGGUUUUUUAUCUCAGUUUUUGCUGUGUAUUUAGUAAUCUCCCACUGCCACCAUUAGAUGGUCUCAGCAUCAUGUUGUUAUGACUUAUGGCUAAAUGCAGUCCAAACUUUUUUCAAAGAGGGCCAGAUUUAAUGAAGUGAAGGGCCGUGAGGGCCGACCAAAGUUGUUAAGCUUUUUUAAGGAUUUUACCCCAGGAAAUAAACUGCCACACAGGCCGAAUUAAACCGACCGGCGGGCCAGAUUAGGCCCCCAGAAUGGACUUUGGGCAUGCCUGAUUUAAUAGCCCAGUGCAUUCAUGUAAUUCAAAAUCAUUAUGUUUUGAAAUAGUAUUUUACUAAGAAUAUUGAAAGUGUGUAUCAGGUGAAGUAACAUAGGGUAAAACUCCUUGUGAAAGGAAUAUAUAGUGGUACAUCCAACUAAGUUAUUCUCUGAGUACACCCAUUAAAAUUAAUGGACCUAAGUUAGCUGUGCUUAUUACCGUAUUUUUCGCUCUAUAAGACGCACCAGACCACAAGACGCACCUCGUUUUUGGAGGAGGAAAACAAGAAAAAAAAAAUUCUGAAUCUCAGAAGCCAGAACAGCAAGUGUGCAGUGAAAGCAGCAAUCCCUCUUGCUGUUCUGGCUUCUGGGAUAGCUGCGCAGCCUGAAUUCGCUCCAUAAGACGCACACACAUUUCCCCUUACUUUUUAGGAAGGAAAAAGUGAGUCUUAUAGAGCAAAAAAUACGGUAAUUUAAGUGGGUCUGCUCUGAAUUGUGCUAGCAUUGGAUACAACCUAUCAUUCUUCCUGUGCUUCAGUUGAGGUGUUGAGCUUCUUUUGAGAGAGGCUUUAUUUCAGGUUAAGGGGGUGGGGAAAAACCAAAUAACAAUGAAACUGUUGUGGUUUUUCCUGCUGGACACCUCAAAAACAGCUAUUAAAGGACCAGGGCUUCUGCUGGAAAAAGAGAGCACAUGUUUUAUAUCUUUUCUCUUUCCUUCUGUAGGCCUUAAUCUGUCUGGUAGACAAAAAAUCAGGAGAGAAAAGCAAGACACGGCCCCGUUUUGUUAAACAAGAUCAAGUAUGUAUUGCCCGUUUAAGGACGGCAGGAACUAUCUGCCUUGAGACAUUCAAAGACUUCCCUCAGAUGGGUCGAUUCACCUUAAGAGAUGAGGGUAAGAGGAUUUGAAAAUGGCUUGGUUUUUUGUUGUUUUUUACUUUGUGUUGCUGAAUCAUAGAAAAUAAAAUUCCAUGCUUUGGAUGUAUCGGCUUUUGCCAGCUUUAAUUCUGGAAGGCACGUAUAUGACAGCCUUCCCCACCCUGGUGCCUUCCAGAUGUUUGGACUACAAGUCCUGUGAGGCUUGGCCAAACAGGCCAGUGGUCAGGAUGCUGAAAGCUGUAAUCCAAAACAUCUGCAGGGGCACCAGGGCGAGGAAGGCUGGAAGAUGAUACAGUGGUACCUCGGGUUAAGUAUUUAAUUCAUUCUGGAGGUCCAUUCUUAACCUGAAACUGUUCUUAACCUGAAGCACCACUUUAGCUAAUGGGGCCUCCUUCUGCUGCUGCGCUGCCGCUGCACGAUUUCUGUUCUCAUCCUGAAGCAAAGUUCUUAACCCGUGGUACUAUUUCUGGGUUAGCGGAGUCUGUAACCUGAAGCGUAUGUAGCCUAAAGCGUAUGUAACUCAAGGCACCACUGUAUCUUAAGCUGCUGACUGUCAUAUAUAAACAGCACUGCAUGUCAGUUGUUGAAAAUCAAUUGAACUUUAGUAAAUAUCCAGAGGAAUGUAAAAAUUGGCAUAGAAUUUAGGGGGAGCAAAUUGGUUUCAGCUGAAAUGCAGAUUCUCUGGUACAAAAAAAAAAAAUCAGAAGCCCUGUAUCCAUUUCCAUUGUUGGGAAGGAAGAUUUUAUUACAGUUCAUUAAGAAGAGCAUAAGCCUCUCUGCAAAAACUAGUGUGUAGAUUGAGGUAGCACUUUCUACAUUUAUAUGCAGUACUAAAUGGUUUGUUUCUGCCAUAGUUUGUUGAACAAACCAGGUUCUGACAAGCAAAAUAACUGUGACUUAUUCCACUUAACAUUGGUUUGAUUUUCUAAAUUUUCUUGCUUUGCUCCUUUAUCGCCACGUGCGUAUAGGGCAAGAUGCAAAAACGAAGGAGGGUUAAGCCCAAGGUCCAGAGGUAACGAGAAAACAUGUUUAAUGCAAGCCAAGAUACAUAAGCCAGCAUCAGAAGCAUGGUUUCAUAUUCUGGUUUGUUGACCACAAACAAACCAUAGUUGGUUGUGACAGGCUUGCAUGUACAAAUAAGCUAACCCCCCCCCCCAGUUCAUUGUUAAGUGCAAACCAGGUUUUGUGUGAAAUCUGUGUGACUGUUUGUUUACUUGGAAGGUUUUUUAAAGGUUCACACAUGUAUGUCUCCUAACAAACCAUUUCUGUGUUUUGUUUAGGUAAGACCAUUGCAAUUGGAAAAGUUCUGAAAUUGGUUCCAGAGAAGGAUUAAGCAUUGUUUUUGACAAGCCUGCACAAAUACUGUGAGGGGAAAAAAUUGACUCUGCAAAAGCCUACUUCACAUCGCCUUCUUAUUUUCUUCCCAUUGAUAACCUUCUCCCUAUAUUUGCAAAGAUGAGAUUUCACAGCAAAGGUCCACAUUAUGUCAGCUUUCUCAUAUUGAGAGCUCUGCUAUGCCACUGUUGAAUUCCCCCCCAAAGUUUUUUUUUCCUCCCCCUUCCUCCUAAAUUCUGCUUCCUUGGAAAGAUUUGGCAAUAGCUUUGUAAGUGAUGUGGACAUAAUUGCCUAGAAUUAUGAAAAAUCUAUAGGAUUUAUGUUUAUUUCCCCUCUCCCAGCAUAUUGAAACAUUUUUCAAGGCAGAUCAUUAAGAGUGUGCAAGCGUGUGUGCACAUGUUACAAAGACAAUUACCAUGUUAAUAAACUAUUCAAUUUGAAAUCUUUUUUCAGUAUCUUAAUUGCUUUUGAAUAAUGUUUUUAUCCAGAUGUAACACCUGUUGCAUUAGCUUUUAACCUGCCAAGUAAUCUGAAUAUUCAAUUACUUAGGCUUUUCUGAAACCCAACUCUUUCCCUUUGCCGCCUCCCGGACGAAGUUAUAAAUGAAGCAAUUAGACAAUUGACAAAAUUUGUACUAAAGAAACUUUCUUUCUCCCUUUCCUUAUGGUGGAUUUAAAAAAAUUAAAUAUGUUCAUGCAAGUAUGGUACUAUUUAAUUAGUGUUGCAUCACUUUAUCUACAAACAAACUUAACUUGAUUUUUUUAAGGCACUGGGGUGAGCUAGAUCUACCUACAGUGCCCUGAAUUAUACCAUCAAAUCCUUUCUGGCAGAAAAUGCUAACCAAUAAAAUUAGCAGGACUGUUACGUGACAUCUCUGGCAAUAAUGCUGGUACAUGAUGUUUGGUCUAAAAACUAAGCACAGGUACCAGUUUAUGAUAAAGUUGCGCUGUUCAUUCUACCUUUUAACUUGGAAGAUGGGAGAAUCUUUGGUUGCUGGGUUUUGUUUUGUUUUUUAAAAAAAGAGAUUUGAAGCAAACCAAAUAGGCCAUAGAGGAGUGGUAGGUGUUCACUCAACUGGCAGCGGCUGAAUGAUGGCUCAUUCAGCAAGUGCCACUUAUUUAAUCCAGAAGGUUUGUUUGCUCAUUAAAAUUGAGAGUAGAAUCAAGCACAGUCUAUAAAUUUCUGCAUAUCAAAGCAAUUUGAGUUAAGGGAAAGCAAAAGUGAAUAAAAGGAUUUGUGGUUGGCAGUUCAAAGGAACAGGGGUUGUAAACUUUAUACUUGGCUGAAUGUUGGUCUGUACCAUUGCUAUAAAGAAUUAGGGAAAGAGUUGAAAGGGAGGUGCAAUGAUAUUCAAAGUGUUUAAUGGCAAAUCUCCAUUAUUAGGUUCAUAUAAGAAGGCUGACUUCCAAUAUUGUUCAAAGUGCUUCUCCAAUUAAAUCCUUUGCAGUGUAUGUUCAAAUAGUAAUGUGCCCUUUCCCCUAAAGUUUACAGUCAUGUGACUGUUUCAUUUUACACAAUUCUAAAUUUAAAAUGUUUGCCCUUUUUUGUUUCUUUGUAACUGUGGAACCUCCCAUCCAUUUCACUUGAGGCUACAUUGUAUGGACGAAGCAAAGUUUAUUGUCCUUCAAUUUCAUAUGACUACACUUGUAGCUACCGUAAUGCAUGAAAUUUAAAUAAAUUUUAUUAUGUCUGCAAAUUUCUGGGCUUUUAUUUUUCUGGGAAUCUGAAAGCUUUUAAAGUCAAUAACUUUUAAAACAAAGCUAAAGAAUUCAGAUAAAGCUGAAAAAUUCAGAAAUAAUCCAGAUUUUCCUUUUUCUUACUUUAUAAUGUAAGCUGAAGGAACAGUCUUUGAAAGAUUUGCCUGAGGUGAUGAGCUUACCAUUUUCAGGUGUUAAGUUGUGCUGUGUUUGCGUCUCAAGCUCCGCCUCUUUCCUUUGAGACGAUUGCUAGUGAAUAAUGUACUUGGUGAAGGGUUUUUUUCUUCCUGACAUAGCAAAUGACAAUUCUUGGAGGCAGAGAUGCAGCUAAAGAAGCUAGUAGUCGUUGAAUGCAGUCAUUCUUUAGAGCAAAAGUUGCACUUGAGGACAGGGGCAGACUUUGGUCUUUCAAAUUUCAGUGACACCCUGUGCGAAAAUUCAGCCCCCUCUCGCCUUCCAUUCUGCAUGUGCUUUAUAUCAUACUUGCAGCACACCCCUUGGCUCAGUGAUCAGUGUGGGUGAAUCAGUUACAUUGCCCUAAAUGUGCGUUUGCUGAGGAACUGCAGAACUUAAGAAUAGGAAUGCUAACUGAAGUUGUCAUAUGGCAUAUGGAAUUCAGUUAUAUUUGCAGUGCUGAAUGCACUCAUUCCAGGGUUAAAUAUAAUUGAAAUGGAAAGGACUUGAUUCAAGAAAACGGGGGCUUGGGUGUUAAUGUGUGUUACCACUGCAUUCAGAACCUAAGGCUUUAAAGUCCCAAAGAGUUCUCCAGUUACGUGAUUUAGAUUGCAAGUUUCUCUUCAUUGUAUUAAAUCAAGCUUAGUAAGUGUAAAGCAACCUCUUGGGUAGUUCUGAGGAAUCAUGCUGAACUUCAGGUAUUGCUGAACUACAACUCCCAUCAGCCUCAGCAAGCCUGGCCAAUGUCCAGCGUUGAUGGGAUUUAACAAUGUCUGGAGGGUCAGAGGUCCCCCACACCAGUUACACACAAGUUCUACCCUGCCCAUUGAACUGAAUGGAGGCACCUUAAUUGGUAAGGGAGCUUCCUACAUGCACCAGAGCUCAUGUGAGGCAUCACUAAACCAAGGUGUGUGCCUCAGGAGCUGUGAAAGCAUUAAGACUGAAGGAUAGUGAUAGUAUCCUAAGUCAAUUAAGUAAAUUCUGGAGGCUCCAUCUUUUCUCCCCAAGAUAGAAAGGUUACAAUUUAAACCCUCUGGUUUACUCAUUCCACACAAAUUUAUAUACAGGAUAUAAAUUCCUGCUUGGAUAGCUUCGUUGGUUAGAGCACGGUGCUAAUAAUGCCAAGGUUGCAGGUACAAUUCCUGUAUAGGACAGCUGCAUAUUCCUGCAUUGCAGGGGGUUGGCCUAGAUGAUCCUUGGGGUCCCUUCCAACUCUACAAUUUUAUGAAUGUUCUAUGAAUGAAUGUUUCUAAGUCAAGUCAAGAAGUUCCUGUUAAACAGUUUGCAGCUGUGCUACGACCACAUCUUGCCACUAAUCAUGUUAAAACCCUUCAUCAAUGUUUGUGGCUGUUUUGUAUUUUUCUUCUAGGGGGAAAAAUAGAAACCCUGGCUAGACUUGAGGAGAAAGCUUGAAAAUGUGAGAUUGGAAAGGAUUGACUGUGUUAAUAGCCAUGACUUAAAACUAUUAUUUCAAACUCUGCUGAUGAUAAAUGACUUUGGAGUGUGUUCUUGAAUCUGAAAGCUUAGUAAUGUAAGCAGUGAUUAAACGCAAAACUGGAAUGUGCCAUAAAAGCCUCCUGAUUAAUAUUCUGUAAUGGGUGAGGAUCCUCUUGGGCAACCCAUGUUGGCCUCAUGCCAGUGGCAGGUGGAGCAAUGAAUGCAAAUUUUACUUUCGUACAGUAAGCUGGUUUCUAAAUGCACCCUGUAUAAGCAAGCGGGAGUCACUAUAAGGACAUUCCAGCUAGGAAGAAAACACCCAAGGGGUGUGUUAAGCAGAGUUAGGGGCGGGGGCUGCAUUCACCCCCAGAGCUUGUGGUUCCUGGCCCUCUACUACCUACAAAUUGGAAACACUGCUGCAUUUCCUGCACGCAGUUGAACAACCCCAGUCCUUGCAAUGAAUGAAAAUGGCAUGAAGGUUGCCUUCUGUCAAUGACAAGUGCCAAUCCGAGGUCUCUGAUGCAAAAACUGGGGGUUUUUAUUGAUUCAAAUCUUACAUCCGUUGUCUUUUAUGUGUCGCAGAAGAUGUCAUUUGAGAAGUCUACCCAUCCAGUGUCAAUCAUUUUUGCUGGAAUCAUAAAACAUCUCUCACAUUUUCCAGUCUUAUUUCUCCCCUUACCUUCCAUGUCAAACAACCUGAAUAAGCUGUGGUCCAAUAAAGAAUACUAAAAACCUG